AUGUUUGCUGCUUCCCCCAUGAGAUUGGGCUCUAUUGCCCUUAGGUCUUCGCUGGCCUCGUCGACCUCUUUCUCCGUUAAGAGGGCUGGUUACCGCUACUACUCUGCGGUCAAGCCUAAGACUCUCAAGGAGACCUUCGCUGCGAAGAUCCCCGGGGAGGUUGAGAAGAUUAAGAAGCUCAGGAAGGAGCAUGGAUCAAAGGUCGUUGGAGAGGUUACUCUUGACCAGGUCUACGGUGGUGCUCGUGGAAUCAAGUCCCUUGUGUGGGAGGGAUCUGUUCUCGAUUCUGAGGAGGGUAUCAGAUUCAGAGGAAAGACCAUUCCUGAGUGCCAGCAAGUCCUUCCCAGAGCACCUGGCGGAGAGGAGCCUCUUCCUGAAGGUCUCUUCUGGCUUCUCUUGACCGGAGAGGUUCCCACUGAACAGCAGGUCCGCGAACUUUCUGCUGAAUGGGCUGCCCGUUCAACCAUCCCCAAGUUCGUUGAGGAGCUCAUUGACCGCUGCCCCAACACUCUCCACCCCAUGGCCCAGUUCUCAAUUGCCGUCACUGCUCUUGAGGGCGAGUCAGAGUUCGCUAAGGCCUACGCCAAGGGUAUCAACAAGAAGGAGUACUGGAGCUACACCUUUGAGGACUCAAUGAACCUCAUUGCUAAGCUCCCCACCAUUGCGGCGAAGAUCUACCGCAACGUCUUCAAAGAUGGAAAGGUCGCUCCUAUCCAGCAGGACAAGGACUACGGUUUCAACUUGGCCAACCAGCUCGGUUUCGGAGAGAACAAGGAUUUUGUUGACUUGAUGAGGUUGUACCUCGUUAUCCACUCUGACCACGAGGGUGGUAACGUUUCUGCCCACACCACUCACUUGGUCGGAUCUGCUCUCAGUUCCCCCAUGCUCUCUCUCGCCGCUGGUUUGAACGGUCUUGCUGGUCCUCUCCACGGAUUGGCCAACCAGGAAGUCUUGAACUGGCUCACUGAGAUGAAGAAGGCUGUUGGCAACGACCUCAGCGACCAGUCCAUCAAGGACUACCUCUGGUCCACCUUGAACUCUGGCCGUGUUGUCCCUGGUUAUGGUCACGCCGUCCUGAGGAAGACUGACCCCCGUUACAUGUCCCAGCGCGAGUUUGCUCUCAAGAAGCUUCCUGAUGACCCCAUGUUCAAGCUCGUAAGCCAGGUCUACAACAUUGCCCCUGGUGUCUUGACCGAGCACGGAAAGACCAAGAACCCCUACCCCAACGUUGAUGCUCACUCUGGUGUCCUCCUCCAGUACUACGGUCUUACUGAGGCCAACUACUACACCGUCCUCUUUGGUGUCUCCCGUGCUUUGGGUGUCCUUCCUCAGCUCAUCAUUGACCGUGCCGUCGGUGCUCCUAUUGAGAGGCCCAAGUCUUUCAGCACUGAGAAGUACGCUGAAUUGGUUGGUGCUAAGCUUUAA